AUGGCCCAAAACGCUGUAGACACACUGUUGAAUCUUGCUAUAAAGAGUUUGCUCAGUAAUGAAUCUGCAACUAUAAGAGCCCUGGAGGAACUCCCAAUAGAUCUCUUCGUUCCACUGUUCAAGUCUGCCUUCUUGGGCAGACAGAAGAAGAUCCUAAAGGCAAUGGUGAGAGUUUGGCCUUUUCGAUGUCUACAUAUUGGGACACUGCAACCACAAGAGACAAACUAUGACAUCUUCGAAGCCAUGAUAGAUGGUCUGCAACUGCCUCCUGACCAAAACUCUUCUUCAGGAAAUUUGCAAAUCGAUAACCUGUCUGCGCAUCGAAGUAGCCUGCAGAUUGUGGAUCUGGUCUGCACUGAUCGCCUGGAGUUGGAGAACGCUCACCUGAGGGAUGUCAACACCCUUUUAUCUCAGUUGAUCCAUCUGGAAAGCCUCAGCCUGACUGAUGUUGAACGUAGAUCUUCUAAGGGGAGAAACUUCACAGCUUUUCUUGCCUGUCUUAAGAAACUGGACAACCUCGAGGAGCUGAGUUUCUCUUUCUUCUGUCUCACCAAUCAACUGCACAAACUACUCAGAGUCCUGCAACCUCAGUUGGAUUCGCUGAGUCUGACUUUCUGUGACCUUUCUAACAGAGAUAUCAUUGCUCUAUCCCAGAGCACUCAGGCCAUCCAUUUAAAGCUACUGAAGCUGAGUAACAACCAGUUAGUCUGGGAAUUUCAUGAGCCCUUGCUAAAUCUGCUGGAGAAUGUCUCAAGCACCCUGCAGUAUCUGGAGAUAAACAACUGCCAAAUCACUGAUUCUGUUCUCUCUUCUAUCCUCCCAGCUCUGAGUCACUGUUCACAUCUCCGUAUCUUUAGCUUUGCUUGCAAUCCCAUUACUGUGCCUGUACUCAUGAACCUUGUGCAGCAUUUAACACCCUUGAUGGAGCUGAGAUAUGUGAUCUAUCCUGUUCCUGUGGAUUGCUACGAACAAUGGGAUUUAAAUGGCAGUUUGGAUCAAGAAAAACUUGCUGCGGUGAAGGCCCAAUUGAAUUUGAUGCUACAGAUGGCACAGCGUGAAGACAUGAAGUGGACUACUUUUCCUCGGUGA